CUGGACCCCUUGGCUUUUGUCAUUCAGUGACGCUGCUGUUGCUGCUGCAAGCAGGGCCUGUCUCUCUUCCUUCUCCUAGCCUUCAGACUGGAUAGUGCUGCCUGGGUCUCCAUCCCUCCUGGCUCAGCACACCAUCUUCAGGGGCCUGGGUCAUGGCUCUGUCCUUCAGCUGUAUGCUUGCCAUCUCAGGCAUUUUCAUUGGAUCAUGCCUCUCAGAUUCUCCAACCAAAGUGCGGCUAGUGGGAGGCGCCCACCGCUGUGAAGGGCGAGUGGAGGUGGAACGCAGAGGCCUGUGGGGGACUGUGUGUGACGAUGGCUGGGACUUGAAGGACGUGGCUGUGGUGUGCCGGGAGCUGAACUGUGGAGCAGCCAAAAGAACCCCAAGUGGUGUGUCCUAUCAGCCGCCAGCACCAAAAGAGCAAAAAGUUCUUAUUCAAGGAGUUGACUGCAGUGGGACGGAGGACACGUUGGCCCAGUGUAACCAAGACGAUGAUGUUUUCAAUUGCCCGCAUGCAGAAGACGCUGGGGCAGGAUGUGAGAACCCAGACAGCGAUGGCCCCUUCAUCCCAGAGAAUGUGCGACUCGCAGGCCCGGGGCGCUGCCAGGGCCGAGUGGAGGUGCUGCAGCAGGGCCAGUGGGGCACUGUGUGCAGAGCAGGCUGGGACUUGAAGGCAGCCAGGGUGGUCUGCAGGCAGCUGGGGUGCGGGCGGGCGCUCCUGGCCCACAGGUGCUGCAACAAGGCUAUGCAGGGCAAAGGACCCAUCUGGAGGGGCAAGAUGUCAUGUUCUGGACAAGAAGUGAACCUCCGGGACUGCCCUUUCAGUCCGCUGGAGAACGAAUGUACCCAUGAUGAGGACACAUGGAUGGAAUGUGAAGACCCCUUCAAGCUGAGGCUGGUGGGAGGAGACAAGCCUUGCUCAGGGAGGCUGGAGGUGCUUCACAAGGGCACGUGGGGCUCUGUCUGUGAUGAUGGCUGGGGAGAAAAGGAGGACCAAGUGGUGUGCAGGCAGCUGGGCUGUGGGAAGUCCCUCCUUCCACCCUACAAACCCAGGAAGAGCUAUGGACCUGGGGCAGGCCGCAUCUGGCUGGAUGACAUCAAUUGCUCGGGGGAGGAGACGUCUCUGGAGUUCUGCCAGCACAGGCUGUGGGGGUACCACGACUGUACCCACAAGGAAGAUGUGGCGGUGAUGUGUUCAGGCCCUAAGUGUCCGUGUGGACUUCAGCCACCUCUCCCUCAACCUUUCAGGAGUCUGAACAUCGUGCUCAUGUCUUGAUCUCCGGGUAUCCAACCCUAUAAUAACCUCAAGAUUCGAGCUGCUGAGCUGGCUUGCUGAUGACGUGUUUCCACAGCUCUGUGGUUGUGUUCACCCCUCGAAAUCCCUCUCAGCCUUUACAAACUGCCCCCGGUGCACCUGCAACUCUUGGGGCUGCCAGUGUGUCCUGCCUGUCUGGAAGCAACAUUGAGGAUGUGAAAGCACAACGGAGCUCUUGAAAGGGAAUGUGGGUAGACAGUAUUUUGGAGGUGGGGAGGAAAAUAGAUUUUUAAAAUGCUUGCAAAACUUUACAAGCUCAGUAAUCAUGGCAUUAGCAUGUCACUGUGCUCUCAGAGGAAGCAGCAUGGUGGUUCCCGUAGCCCUGGGCUGUUACAUGUUGCGUUCUAGAUGUCUACUCAAAACUCUUUGUCCCAAGUUUGGUUCUAAUGCAACAGAAUUCCGAGGUGGAGCCUUUGGGACCUAAUGACAUCACAUGGUUUGGCCCCUCAGCCCUCACGAGUGGUUGCUCUCUGGUGAACCCACUGGGAGAUGGCAGAAACUUCAGGAGCGAGGACCGGGUUCGAAGAAGAAGGUCAUUGGGUGUGCCUUGGGAAGGGAACAUUUUGUCCCAAGCUUGACCCCUCCCUCUAUUGACGGGUUGAUUCCAUGUCUUAGCUACUGCAAAUUAGGCUGCAAUAAACACAAGUGUGCUGCUA